CGGACAGGGCAGACAGGCGGCGAAGCAAAACGCGAAACGGCGAAGCGACGACGCGACCCAGCCAGUCGGCGGCGAUUACGAAAUAAUGAAGCACGGCAUCAAGAGCGUACCGCGCGCUCAGUUUAUUUGACAACACUUUGCGAUGCACACGUAUUUUUUUAAAUAAAAUAUUCACCUCGUGCGAGAUACUUCACGAACAAUUUCUAAACUAUUUCUAAUUUAUUUUCGGAAUAAAUAUUUAAUAAAAAGUGAAAAAAUUUAAAUAAAAACUUGUGGUUUCAUUCUCAGUGGACUUAUUUAUUAGAAUAAUUUAUCAACAUGAUUGGAAGGUUAAUAAUAACGAUCGCCUGUGCCUCUUUCGUCAACACAAAACCUAUAAUGGUAUCUUUCGGAACAAAUGGAGGUCCAAUUGUUCCUCCAACACCAAGAACCACAACACUAAAUCCUCUUGCACCCAAAAAUCCAGCGCCUGUUUAUGAAGAUCAAAGCGAUGACAUUCCACCGCCUGUUUACCGAGCACCAACACCAAACCAAUACAGAAAUUUAAUCAAUUCUUACAAACCUAAUCCCAAUUUACAACUAGGCACACCGUUGGAUAUUAAAUAUCAAGAUUUGAAUACGCUGUCGCAGUUGCAAGUCCAACAACAGAAAGCUGAGUUGGCCAGGCAACAAGGACUGGGAUAUACAGGCGCACAAGUAUUUGGAGUACAAGAAUAUGAAUAUGAUAAUGCUAGGAAUAGACAAAAUCAACAAAAUCAACAGAAUCAAGGUCAAGGUCAACUCACAAGCGCCCAGCAAUUCGUACAACAAUACAUCCCGAAAAGACAAGUUCAACCAAACAAUCAAGUUCAAUCACAGACACCUACCACAACUGAAAAACCUCAACCUCAAGAACAGAAACAAAAUAUAAGACAACAGAGACAUCCACAAAAAGAUCAAGCUGUGCAAGGUGCGACCAGAUACACCAGAGUAUAUUCUGUGAGUGAACCACAACCGCAACAGCAACAACCUCAGCCUCAAUAUAACUAUCGGUUUCAUUACAAUUAUAACAACAAUCAACAAAACCAGAAUCAGCAGCAGCAACAGCAGAAUCAACUCAACCAGCAACAGCAACAGCAACAGCAACAAACUCCUGGCUUUGGUGUGGCUUUCUCGUCGGGAUUGAGAUAUUACGUGCCGCAAUAUUAUUAUUAUGAUAGCAGGCAGCAACAGCAACAGCAAUAUCAGCAGAAUUAUCAUAAGUCACAUCAUGGCUACAAUGAAGUGAACAGUAACGCCAUCUAUGGUCAUUGAAGUAUUAUUUUGUCGUUGGAGUAAAAAUUAAAGUCAUUAAAAUUUUGUUUUUUUAUUAUUUUUGAAUUUGUGUUUGAGAGAAGUAAAAAGUUCGCUAUUAUGUAGGAAAAUUAAGUUUUAAACAUAAUUAAGACCAGUAAGUGCCAAUGCCAAUUAGUUUUAAUUAUUGUAUGACCAUCAUCAACAAGAAAUAAGAAAAAGGACGAAAUCACUGCAAUCGUAUGCCAAUUAAAUUAAAUUUAAAUGAUUAAAUGAUAUUUUUCUAAUGUCACAUGUGUAUGUACUUUCUGUAAAUAAAUAAAUUCGUAGUUUUAA